CGUGACUCAAUCCAAACAGCCUUCACAUUUGACUUUCAUCUCUCUCUCUCUUUCUUGCUUUUUUUCUCUCUUUCACUCAUUCUGCCAAAUAAGAUCCAAUUACACGCUAUGUACGGAGUGUCGGUGGCAUUGUUCGGAUUAUCACUGGUUUUAUUCCUGCGCUUCUACUGGAUUCGCAAAGAAAGUAUGAAGAUUUUCAAACUAAUCAAUGUACCUGGUCCACCACCAAAUUUCCUUUUUGGGAAUUUGAUAUCUUUUGCUAAGAAGCAAGCUUUCUACAGCACUUACCUUGACUGGUACAAAAUUUAUGGUAAAACAUUUGGCUACUUUGAAGGUCUUCGACCAGUUUUGGUAACAGCGGAUCUGGAUAUUCUAAAUCAAGUGAUGGUGAAAAAGUUUGACGUUUUUCAUGCUCGAAAGGUUUUCCCAGUUCAAGUCGAUCCAGAUAAAGAUGAUGAAGUCCAUAUGUUUUUCGCUCGUGGUGACAGAUGGAAACGUCUUCGAGCCAUCAGUAACCCAGCUUUCACCUCAGCUAAAAUACGAAAGAUGUCAUCUUUGGUCCAUAACUGCAUAGACAAUGUCAUUGCAGAACUGAAAAGGCGGGCACACAACAACGACAGUAUUGAAAUGUAUGAUAUUUUUCAGCGUCUGACUCUGGACUCCAUGUCAAGUUGUGGUUUCGGUUUCAAGACAUCUGCCAUUCAAAAUCCCAAUGAUAUUUUUCUUAAGAACUGUCGACAAGUUCUUUAUAAUACAACCAGACCAAGUCUUUUUUUCCUUAUAGGUUUUCUUUUCCCCAACACUGAUAAAUUCCUCGUCAGGCUUGCUCGCUUAAGAGAUUACAUUUUUGGUAAUCCUGUCUUUUGGUUGGAGAAACAGUUUGAAAAAAUUAUUGCAAUGAGAAAAAAAUUUGAUUCUGUACCACGCAUGGACUUACUUCAUAUGAUGAUUGAAGCCAAUAAACUGACACAUUCUGAGGAGUCUCUACAUGUCCAUGAGACUCCAUCACAAAACAUUCCGGAACCAAAAUACAAAUAUGCAAAACUCUCUUUAUUGGAAUUACGUUCACAAUGUUUCCUAUUCCUGAUGGCUGGCUACGAGACAACAGCAACGACCCUUAUUUACACGGCUUAUGAACUGGCUUACAACCAAGAAAUACAAUCCAAACUCUAUGAUGAGAUUAUAGAAUGUUUCCCAAAUAAGGAUGAUGAAAUCACGUAUGACAUUGUAAAUAAAAUGGAAUAUCUUGACAAAGUUUGGUGUGAAACUCUCCGUAAAUAUCCACUUGCAAGCACUGUGGUGGCUCGGCAAGCAGAGACAUCUUGUAAAUUGUCCGAAGAUUUGACAAUUCCUAAAGGCAUGAUUGUUCAAGCGAACAUCUGGGCAAUCCACUACAAUCCAGACGUAUGGGGAGCUGACCCACACAAAUUUAACCCAGAAAGAUUCUUACCAGAAUUAGUGGCCCAUCGUCAUCCCAUGGCAUACUUGGCAUUUGGAGCAGGACCCCGUAAAUGUAUUGGCAUUCAGUUUGCCAAAAUGGAAGGCAAAAUAGCAAUUGUAAAGUUAGUUCAAACAUUUCACAUGAUUCUGUCUGAAAAGCAGGGUCCAUUGGAGACGAUCGAAGGGGCCACAAUAGCCCCUGUAAAUGGAGUUUAUCUACGACUCUAUCCCAGAGAUAUUGACCAGGAGUGAAGGAGAGAAAAAAAAAUUUUUUAAGAGGAUUUUAUGUGAUAGAAAAAUCAAACCAAAAGACUGACAACCUGAUGUA